AUGUCCCCGCAUUCAUUCGUGGAAUUGAUGGCGCUAGAGCAACUGGAAGAAAUCUCAAUCUCACACCCGGACACAGCAGACCCAGAGAGAAUUGAACGUUUCCGCUCUUUAGCAACCCCGUACCCUCCUGGCCAAGGGACGCGCGCGUUUGGCGGACAUGUCUACGCGCAGUCCGCAUACGCAGCAUCCAAGACCGUCCGUCCGGGGUUUGUCGUCCAUGAUAUGGCGGGGACAUUCGUUCUCGGAGGCCGUCUGGACACGCCUUAUGUCUAUACGGUGCGACACGUCCGCGAUGGCUUCAUGUACAGCACACGAGCCGUCGAUGCCCGACAAGAGGGCAAAGUUUGCUUCUCGUGUAUAUGUUCUUUCAAGCGCGAUGAACGACAACAUCUCUUCGACCACCAACCAACAUCCGCACAGGAGCGUUUCGACUCUAUUCUUUCGGCUAAACGACCAGAAGCUCAGGACAUCAGUCCCAGUAUCGACGUAGACUGGUGGAUUGAUCUCGUCCAGAAAGGCGACGUUGCCGAAAUCGAGUUCCCGGGUCUGGACGUGCGCAAGGUCGACAUGCAAGACUACAACCACGCCGAGGAUAUCAAGCAGCAUCCCGAACGUUAUCGCCAGCUCACGCAAUACCGGCUUAAGGGAUCACCAGAUGAGGACCCGACUGCUACCGUGGAGCAGAUUCGAGAGAGAGAAGAGGCGGGAGCAUACGAUAAUCUGUAUGCGUGUGCGCAUAUGUAUUCCAGUGACAAGAACUCGCUGUUGCUCAUUCCUCGCGCGCUGGGAAUCAAGAACUGGACUGAGAUGGGCAGCCUCACACUCACUGUCAUCUUACAUCGACAUGCAGAAGCAAUGCGGAUGAUCGAUUGGGCAAGUGUUGGUGGAGAGGACGAGCUGCCAAUGAAGUGGUUUGUGCAGGAGGGGUGGACGCCCCAGGCUGCAGAGAAUCGGUCAGUGCAUGAAAGUCAUCUUUGGAGUCCUGAUGGAAUACUGCUUGGUACUUCGUUACAAGAUAGUAUGUUGAGGCUGAGGAAGUUGGGGAAAACUCCUAAGUUGUGA